GAGGCCCCUUUGCACCCCGUGCUCCCCGGCUUCUGCCCUCCCUGGGGGGCAGAGACCCCGCACGCGCAUGGCAGCGGCUCCGGAGCUGCUGCUGCUGCUGCAGGGGGGCUCAGUCCCGGCGGGCACUGACCUAGCAGCCCGCCCCCGCUCCAGGCGGGGUUAGCUGGAAGGGGGCCGUGGAUCAGGAGCCUUAGGGCGGUGGGGAGAGAGCGAGCCUGUGGCAGCUUCUAUCUCUGGUAUCUCUUGGCUGGGCUCGGAGCCGAAAUCGAGCCAUCCAGGUUGCAGCCGCUUGUGCCAUAGGGCCAGGAGUCAGGAGCAAUGGAUCCCCCCAGCUACCUGGAAGAGGACUAUUCUAGCCUGGAUGGGCUGGACGAUGACGUGUUUCACUCUGACUUUGGACUCACAGGUCAGCCUGGUGAGAUGACCCCUCCUGGCAUUUUCACACAGAACCAAUCCUACAGCUGUCUCCUGGGGAGGUUUCAACUGUUCCCACUCACACACUGCUGUGGUCCAGGUAUCAGGCAUGCUGAGCAGCAGGACAAGGCAACCCAAACACUCAGUCCAUCCUCUUCCACUCAGGAUGUCAUGUUGCCAUGUGGAGUCACUGAAGAGCCCCAGAGACUCUUCUAUGGGAAUGCUGGGUACCGUUUACAUGUCCCCCCAGUUGGCUUUGCAUUGAAUCCACACCUCCAAGAGGAGCCUCGGGAAGGUCAACGGGAAGCACGUACUGAGGUUCAGAUUGCACGGAAGUUACAGUGCAUUGCAGACCAGUUCCACAGGCUCCACAUACAGAGGGCAAGAAGUGUGUGCUGCUAUGGCACUGAGAGAGCCAUGCGACUGACUGCAGUGCAGGACGGGCCUGGGGACUGACUGAGCCAGGAGAAUAGAAUUGAAUCGCGUGUCAGCCAAGCAUGUGGGAGAGUUAGUAAACAAAAGCAUCCGCCUGCACUACCAGCUCCUGCAGCCAGCCAAGGAGGAGCUCCUGUGUCUUUGUUUGAACUGGAAGGACAGUCAGUUGAAAAGGAGGGGGAGCUGUUCAACCAUUUAAAAAACAAAACCAAAAACAGGUGUGAAAAAUCUCAGCCAGUGGUUCUGCAGGACUUGACACUGGGAUAGGUAUUGGCAUUUAGAAAUGCUCAGGGAUUCUUUUUCUUGGGAGGGGGGUAGUACUGAGCCCUUGUGUUAAUGUGGAACGGUGCCUUGGACCACAUAGAGUUUUAGUGUCCUAUCUGUGCCAAUGCAUUCUUUUCCCUACUGACCCUGCGUGGAGGACUUCCUUUGUCUGUUGGCACAAUCCACAAAAACAGUCCUGUGCUCUUCUGUGCCUGCUGUUUAAAGGGCAGUCAGUGCCUAGAGACACAUGAAUUGGCUUAUGAUGGGCUGUGGUUUGUCCUUUGGGGCAGCGGAAGGGGCAAUCUCUGAGAAUAGGAAACCUGAGCUGCCAUUUGUCUGUAAAGCUUCUAUUUUGCUGUGAAACUAACCCCAAAACUGGGUGCCCCGUUUCAACAACUCAGAGUCUUGGUCACAGACCACGAUUCCAGGGUUAUAACAGGAAACAUUUAGAAUAUCAGUCAUAGUCACCACCACACCUCCUGAACACCUGGAACAAAAAAUAGGACUAGCGGCCAAUGGGACGUUCCUCCAACAGAUAUGAGUGUCUGGUGGAUCCCGAGCUGGCAAAAUAGGUGCCAGUUGCUGCACUAGUAUGUAGGAAAAACGUCCAGUACUGGAGUUACUUGUCCUGUUAGCUGUUAGGCAUAAAAAGCCUAAAUAUGCCAUAAUUUGAUGCAGUGAUAUAUUUAAAUAAAAUAAUUGCAUCUUCAUCUCCAGUACAGAGUUAGAACAAUGAUGUAAUCUUAUGGAGCACUUCAUAGUUUUACUCUUCAAAGUGCUUAUGAAAUGUGGGCUACUAUAGAAAAUAUUUCCACAUGCAGGUUCUGCUACUUAGAAUUGUUAUGGUCAGUCCACAGUUCUGCAGGGCCCUUUUCAAAUUAUGCACAAGGAACCUUUAGUUCUCUCCUCACUCUUGCGUGCCCAUAGUGCCCUCCAUCUGUUUAAGGCUCAAUACCUUCUGGCAAUCUCCCCUCUUGCCCCCCAAGGCCCCCAUCAUGUAUCAAGAAGCCAGGAGGUGGAGCUAAAACACAACUUUCUGUGUGCGGGAGAGACGUUGGAGAACUCUCCUCUAGUUUACUGGAGGUAGAUUGGACAUGAAUGAGAAAUUUGGGGUGUUGCUGUGAUUGGUAGGUUGGGUGCACGCAUAUAUGCUGUGCAGCGCGUGUGUGAGCACCUGAGUCACUUAAACCUGAGUUUUACUUGCUGCGGUAACUCAAUGGAACACUUCAGCAAUUUCCCACUGAAAAGGCACUUACUGAACAGGCUGCAAUUUUGUGGGAGCCAGUUUUAUUCCAUUCUUCCCUCAUCCCUUAAAUCCAACAUUGGCUACUGUGCACAACUGUAAGAUCAUGUCACAGAAGGUAAAAUUGUCUCUUUAAGAAUAAAGACCUAGUAGCCCAGGACAGUUCUGGGCUUUAAUCCAAGUGGAGCCACUGACUUGCUACAUGUCCUCAGAAAAGUUUCUUGACCUCUUUGUGCUCCAAUCAAGUCAGCUGGAAGAUUGGGUUAAAAAAAGCAGAACCUCAAUGAGAACCAGAUGCUGAAUCAGAGCUGAGCUAUCGUGGGUAAAUAAGUACAUUACAACCAACAACAAAGCCCCCUUCAAACACAUCGGAAAUCCCGCAGUUGAUUUAGGUGUGCUGACCAUGUUCAGAAAACAAUGGGACCUAGCAAUAGAAAUUUAUUGCUACCCUAUGUGGAAAUUCCCCAUGUACUUUAGCAAAUUGUCUUGAUGUAAUUGUGAGGAAGAAAAGGGUGACUGGCCUGAGCAUUGGCCCUGUGUAUGAAAUGUUUAGGACUAGAUCCACACUGGUUGUGGGCAGGUCUCUGGAUAUGAGCCCAUUCCAGUAAAAUUAAAAACAGCAAAAUAAAUUCUUCCUCCUGAAAACUUUCCACUUGAAAGUGAAA